AUGCGCUUGAAAGACUUCCACGGCAGUCUCGUGUUGAUGAAAAAGCAGGUUUUGUUGCAAGUGAGAUCCGGUUGUGCUGUUCGCUGCUGGCAUGUGCAGGCGCGUAGAAUGGCAGACCUCGUGGAAUCUAUGAAGAAUUCGCAAACACUCACGAAAGUCAUUCUCUCAAGCAGAAGCACAGAACGACUGCCAGGCUUGUCUGGUCGAGGGCUCAUUUUGUCUCCACCCUUCCACGACUUGACACCUUCCAGUUCGCAAGGAUCCGACAAGUCUGAGAUCACUUCAGGCCGCCAGGCCAAGUUAAGGAUCAGACGCUUGAGAGGGUGGGAUCGAGUUGCCAUCGCGUCGGAGGGUAUGUCGACGCUGCACCACCCAUUUCACCUCGAGUCAAGAUGGCUCUUGAUCUGCAGACUGUUGGGCCAGCACCGACACAAUCCGGCACCACGUGCUGUACCAUCAGAAGCAUCAUCACCAAUUGUAGAAUGCUAA